AUGAAACUGCGACUUUCCGUCGUGUUUCUAAUCUUCGCGGUUGCGACGCUCGCAGAAGAUAAACCGCCAGUGGAUGUGAAUCCGGAAGACGUCGAUGAUGUGAAGCCGCCCAUCGAGGAGGAGAAGGUAGAGUCGCCAGAGAGAGUGACUCCCAUUUUACUCACUCUCGUGAGCUCCACUGCCAAUGCUACGGCGAUUCCAGCCGCUCUCUCAGCUACCUCCAAUGCCACUAACGUCGUGAGUGAAAGUUUCAUUUAUGGUAGAAAUGAACAGUACUUUUUCCAGGAGGUGCAAAAAACGGACCAAGAAAAGAAAGAUGAGCUUCUGACUGGAAAGGAAGAGAGCGUGCCAGUCAAAACAGAAGCUGCGCAGGAAGCAACGACAGUUGCUGUGGAAACACAACCACCUCUUGCCCCGAAAGCAGAUGAAGCGAAAGAAGAAGAAAAAGAGAAUGCGGCUCCCGAAUUUGAAGCGAAACAAGAAGUAGAGGGAGGAAAAGGAGAAGAGGAUCCGGAUGCGAAUGUAGAUAAGCCGGCAGCAGUGGAUCCUCCGAAGGACGAGGCCGAUGGUGCUGCGAAAGAAGACAGGGAAACGCCGGCAGUUGGAGCAGAAGGAUUGCACGAAGCAGUGGAGGAAGCACGCGGAAAUCCAGCUCCUGGAGUACCCGUUGCCGACAAGAAGAAGGAUUCUGCAGACGAAGAGCAGACACUGGAAGCUGCUCCCGUCGCGAGGCCGCAUAGACUCGAUACUUCAGUCAGUCCUGCUCGUCUGAUAAUAGUGUCUCGAAGUUUUUGUUUCAGAAAGAAUUCGAGUCGCAAUUUCAACGAAUCCAAGGAUCCGAAGAGGAGAGCACCGGCUUCAUGUCUUUCUUUUUCGUCGCUUCUUUCCUGAUCAUUGCUAUAUAUCUUCUACAGCACAAUAAGAAGAGAAUCCUCGGUGAGUGACGUGGAUCCCAUUCCACUUCGUGAUGUUUCGUGCGAAUUUAUGCGCUUAUCAAAUAUUCCCGUUGAAUAGACAAGAUCAAACAAUGCGUUUUCACUGUCAAUCUUUAUUGCAUGUCUGCUUUAUGACGGCAAAGUUAGCCUACCAAAUUACCCUUUCCUAUUUGACACCUGUUAAAAAACCCAUUUUUCCAGGAUUAAUGUUUGAAGGCCGUUCCGGGAGAGGUGGAUCUCGUCGCAGCGGAGGCAACGUACGAUAUCGUCGUCUAAGCCAGAACGAAUCCGGAAACUGA